CUCCUUGAUGACCUCAUAGCCCCACAGCCUGAAGGGAGGGGUAACGUUUAGCUAUAAAAGGGCGUAUUGCUCAGUCUUAGAGCAGCUCAGUCUGUACAAGGGGAACGCAGGGUGACACAGGGAGCUGCUCUUCUGGGUCGAUAUGUCCUCCAUGUUGGAUAUCCACACACUGUACCAGGUGAGCUCGGACACAGAUCAUGGUGGGUUCUGGGGAACUUUUAUAAACUUAACAAUGUGUCUGUGAAGUGUAUUGAAACGUGUAACGACUCUACAGGGAAAGUUUUCUAGAGCGUAAAUUUAUUGAAAGAUUGCAACGUCUACAAAGAUAUAAAUCUAUCAAUAAGAACAAUAAAAGUGUCUUACAGUUCAUUGUGAUCGAUCUUGUUUUACGGUUAGUCCUUAGGAAUAGAUGGUUUUUAUUAUAAUUAUCUAUUUUUUAUCGUGGCCGUACAGAACAAGAGGUAUGGCCACACACUCACCCAUGGGUUCAAGGACUCUCGGGGAGUGGGUUAAGGGUAAAGACUGAGCUACAGGCGAGUACAGGACGUGGGGAGGAUAAUGGUGUCUACAAGCACAGGGCAAGGAAGGACUGGGACAACAAGGACUGGAGAAAAGUGGCAGAAGGGGAGCAGGGGAAACAGAGAGAUGAAGAUGGGAAAAUAGAGGGAAAAGAAGAGGGUUUGUGAAGGAGAGGAUUUUGAGUCAAUCUAAAUAAGUGCUCUUUAAGUUAAAGAUCGACCGACAUGCCAGUAUUUCAUGAUAUCCCUGCUUGAGCUCAUAUGGGUCUGUCUGUAAGUCAGUUAUUGUGAUUCAAGAACCUGUGCAUAAAUCGGGAUGUAUUGAGAGCCAAGGCUGUUGGUGACGUGGGGACAGAUUUAAACUGCUCUCCUUCAGAGUCCAGUGGUUUAGAUAAGCUUGAGCGAAUAGAAGAAGUCUGGGAGUUGUCUAUCGAGACAGAUUUUUAGAGAUUGUUUUGGAGUAAUAUCAGAUGAUUUUGCGGAAGUGGUGAUAGGACGAUUUGUGAGAGCAGUAGAGUGGUGGUGAUGGGAUAGAGUAGAGGGAGUUUGUGAGGGCAGUGCGGUGGGGGGAUGGAAUAGAGGGAGUUUGAGGGCAGUGUGGUGGUGGGUUGGAGGGGAGGGGGUUUGUGAGGGCAAUGUGAUGAUGGGGCAAUGGAGUGAAGGGAGUUUGUGAGGGCAGUAUGGUGGUAUGGAGCAGAAGCGAGUUGUGAAGGCAGUGUGAUGGUGAUGAGAUAGUGUGGAGGGGGUUUGCUAGGGCAGUGUGGUGGUAGGAAUGUAGUAGAGGAGGUUUGUGAGGGCAGUGUGGUGGUGGAUGGAGUGGAGGGGGUUUGUGAGUGCAUUGCUGUGGUUGGAUGAAGUGGAGGGGGAUUGUGAGGUCAGUGUGGUGGUGGUGGGAUGGAGUGGAGGGGGUUUGUGAGCGCAUUGCUGUGGUGGGAUGGAGUGGAGGGGGAUUGUGAGGGCAGUGUGGUGGUGGUAGGAUGGAGUGGAGGGGGAUUGUGAGGUCAGUGUGGUGGUGGGAUGGAGUGGAGAGGGUUUGUCAGGUUAUUGUGGUGGUGUUAAGAUGGAGUGGAGGGGGCUUGUGAGGGAUGGAGUGGAGGGAGUGCUACGAAUGUUGACGGGAAGUGUAAUUAAAGUCAGAACUAGUUUGAGGAUGUCAGAGUCUGAGUGGAGGUGGGUUUGUGAGGGCAGUGUGUGCAAAUAAAACAUACAUUUCUCGUUCUUCUCUUUGUCAUAUUAAACUUCCUGUAAUCAGAAGCAGGAGUUUAGGGAGAGGUGCAUGAGGGGUCCAGACAGUGGGUAGCAUUGUUUUUGUGAAGAAUUAGCUCCACAUAUUGUGAAUAAUUGCAGUCAGACUAAAACACCCUCCCUCUCUCUGUCUGUCACUCUGUCUCACACCGUAUGUCUCUGUAAUCUGUCCAAAGGCCAGUAUUUUGGUAUGUUUCCACCUCACAGUCACUCUGUCUCAUAGUCACCCUGUCAUAGUGACACUCACACACAUCAUAUGUAUAGCUAGCAGUGCUAUAGUGCCUUAUUACUUGUAAUACAUGUUUCAGGACUCUGAAUUAUCUACAGGGCUAUUUUUCCAAAUUGUAUCUCCUCUUCCAGGGAUACAUUAUGUUCCUUUGCUUACCUCCAUUAUUGUAACAUAUUUCAUAAUUCCACAGAACCUACACAACCUGAGCCUUUCUGAAGAGUUUGAUACUCCUAAAGAGAGAAGCUUUCAAGGACCCCAGCGGAGACAUUCCUGUGCCCCUGACCUCCAUGAUGAGAAACGUUGGACCAUUCCUGAUCCUUGGAUCGUUGAAACGUCACGGUCACCCUUCAGAUCUGAUCGUUCUGUGAGCUUAAUUGAGGGGUCCCGGUCUGCACUUCCUCCUCCUCCACCAGGAUUUCCACCACUGAAUAAUGCACUGCCUUCACUUCCAGCCCCCUCCCCCCGCUACAAAACUGAGUUAUGUCGCACUUUCUCUGAAACAGGAACCUGUAAAUAUGGUUCCAAGUGCCAGUUUGCCCAUGGUAUCAUAGAACUGCGAGAGCCAAACCGUCACCCUAAAUAUAAGACUGAGCUUUGCCACAAAUAUUACUUGUAUGGAGAGUGCCCGUAUGGGUCCCGUUGCAACUUCAUUCAUCAUCCCAGUGAACACGGAGCUCCUCAGCAAGUCCUGCGUCAGAGCCUCAGCUAUUCCGGUGUGCCAACCAGAAGGCGCUCCCCAACUCCACCAGGUUUCCCGGACCCAGCCUCUUUCACCAGAGCUCCCUCUGUCUCCCCUCCUCCUUCUGAAAUGUUCUUCUCUCCUGCACCGUCUGAGGCUAGAAGCCAUGUUUCUUCCUUAAAAUCCUCUGAGCCUUGUUCCAGAUGCUGCUCGUGCCGUUGUUCCCGUGCUGGGAACGUUUCUCAGGACCCAUUUUCGCACUCUAUUCUCUUCCGUUCCCCAUCCUCAAGCUCACUGCCAGAGACAGAAUGUUACAGCAGUGGCUCCGAGUCACCAGUCUUUGAGAUGAAAUGCCAGGUGCCCCCUCCCACCAGCAAAAGAUUGCCCAUAUUCAAUCGCCUAUCAGUGUCCGACUGAGGAGGGGUCUCUGCCAAGCUGUCCAUUUAAUGUGGGGAAAGCCGUGGGGGCCAAAAUGCUGUGCCAUGCUUCUGCCAAAACAGCAGGCCCCUCCAGGCCACCUCCAACCCUUCUUGUGUAACCUUCCUGCCUGUUACUAGACAAGCACAAUGGUACUCGUUCCAUCACCAAUUUGGGGACAUUGACCUCAGGGAUCAGAGUGCCUUGUUCUUAAUCUCAGGACUUUAAAAGGAAUUUGGAAGAAGUGGAAACCCACCAGCAUUAUGUUCUCCCUGACCUUUCUUCAGUAUAACUGUAGCAGCCAUGGACAACAUCCAUUUAUCACCACAAGGUCUCCAGGCUGAAUAGGCUAUUGUGUAAAGGUCUCUCCUAGUAGGAAAGAUCUUGAAGUAUGUAGCAGAACAAGGUACAGCAUUAAUUUUCUGCCCCUCCACCCCACGCUCCAGGGCUGGCUGGUCCAGAUCUGAGUCAUUGGAAGUGGUCGGGACAUUUCCCUGCUUUGGACAACCUGAGCUCUUAAUUUUCUAAAUCCCUGAAACUCAAAAACAUCUCAGGGGCACUGCAAUGCAUUAACAAGCCAUGCUCUAAUACAGAGGUACUGUCAUGUAUUAUUCAGCGAUGUACUAAUAUAAAAUUACUGGAAUCGAUUACACAACUGUGCACUAAUACAGAGGCACUACAAGGUAUUACCUAUCCGUACUCUAGUACAGAGUAACUGUAAUGUAUUGCAACACCAGGCUCAGUGAAUAAUACAUAAACACUUCCUGAUCUGUGUGUAAUACAUAAACACUUCCUGGUGUGUUUAAUACAUAAACACUUCCUGAUGUGUUUAAUACACAUGCAGUUCCUGAUCUGUGUAUAAUAUAUAAACACUUCCUGAUCUGGUUAUAAUACGCACGCACUUCCUUGUCUGUUUAUCAUACAGAUAUUCAACCUGCUCUUUGCAUAGUACAUCUAAACCCCUUGUUCUCAGUUUAUUACAUGGGCAUACCUUGCUAUGUGUAUAAUACUGAUACACUCACUCUUUUCGGUGUAGUACGCAAACAGCCCCUGUACUCUGUGUAUAAUAAUUUACCCCAGACAUCUUUUGUAAUAUUAUUGCAGUGCUCCCAUAUGAGUUAACAUAUUGUGCCUCAUAACUCUGGGGGUCAGUAAGACUCGCCCUCGGAGCUUACACUCAUCUCAGGCCUGGAUAUUAUAUAGUCCAUAGCAGGGAAUUUAAACCCAAAAAUAUGAAACUGAUUGCCACCUUGAUUCGUAUAAUCACAGUGUGUAUCUUUAUGUAUAAAUCUAUUUAAGUUGUAUUUAUUUACCAAAUGAAUUUUAUAUAUAUUUAUCUUUUUGUAUUAUUUUGAAAAUAAUAUAUAUUUGUUGUUAUUUGAGCUAAAUUUGUAAUCAGCAGGGGAAAAUUCCUGUAAUAAAGGAAAUUACAU